UUUCCAAAAUUCCAGUAAUAUAACAGGUAAUUUAUUAAAAAAAAAAAGGUAAAAACAAAAUAAAAGGAAGGUGAGACAAAUUAAUUCCCUAUAUAAUAAGACCCAAAAAUCCUCGUGAAUUGCGUGGAAGUUGAACCAAGUCAGAAUUACGACUAUCGCCACACCGUUUUUUACUUUCUCCAGACCACCACCCCUCGUACCUAAACGCAAAUUGUCCACGCCAGUCAAAAUUUUCUCACGUCACUCCGUGCUAAGUUCUCUCCAAUUCAAAACCCCCCUUUCUUCAAAUUUCAAUUCCCGUUGAGCAGUUCUCAAUUAUUCCUCUCUCUCUCUAUCGUGUAAUUCUUAUAUGUAGAUUCCUCAUCGCUGAUUCUAUUGAGCCCCUUAUCUCUUUGGUCAGUAGCAAAUGAGGGGAAUGACCUUGGGUAAAUCACGUGGCAGACCCCGUUCAACGGAGAAAACAUUGAGAAGGUGCAGGAAUAACGAGGAAGCUGAUCAUGUUAUUCUGAUAGAUGGCGAUUCUGAAAAUUGGGACAAUGUUAUUUUCAUCGACGUUCCUGAAUCUUUGCCGAAGAAAAGUCAAGGUUCGAGCAUCCUUAAUAAAGACAAGAGGUGUUCGAUUAGGAAUGUAAUAUACAUUGAUGAUGAUGAUGUUGAUGAUGAAGAUGAGGCCACUGACAGUAACCAUUCUGAUGGUGUGAACAAUGUCGAUUUUGCUGCAGGCACUUCUUCUAAUAGAGAAUCUUGUAAGAACUCUGCAGAUUCUAGAUUUGCUCAAGAUAAUGCAACUCCGGUUAGGUUAUCGAAAUGCAAACGGACCUAUUCUGGGAAAGCUGUCACAAGAAACUGCUAUGGUUUAGAUGCCGACGCGGAAAGCGAGUCGUCGGAUAAUGAUCUUCCUGACUGUGUGUUAGUGGAAGAUUCUACCGAACUUCAACAGAUGUGGGAGAAAGCUUUCACCAGGAGAAGAAAAAAUAUUCCCAGUGGUCAUUCAGAUGUUAAGGAUCGUGAUAGUACCGCACAUAUUAUCGACGACCACCACCAAAAUAUUGAAACAAAUGAUGCUUCAUCUCCGUUUAGAUCAGCAGAUGAUUUUGAUAGACCGAAUUGUGAGCCAGGAAUUUCGAGCAGUCACGUUGAGCAAACGGCGGAAGAACAAGAUUCAUGGAAUUCUGCUUUCAAGGACUGUGAACAGUCAACUAAGGAAACUUCCGAAGUGCAACCCGGCCAACCAAAUCUCAAGUCGUGUGGCAAAUCCACACCUAGUAAACAGGGGGAGGAUAACGAUAGCCAAAAUGAAGACACUUUGCCAUUUGUUGAGACUUGUAUAUUUAAUGAACGAGAAAAGUUUAAGGAAACUGAUGAAUACAAAAGGGCAAUAGAGGUAGAGUGGGCAUCGAGGCAACAAGCUCUUCAAAUCCAGGCUGAAGAAGCACAACAUCAGAAGCGGAUGCGGAAGAGAUUAAAAGCUGAGAGCAUGCGUUUGCUAGAUAUGGAAAGAAGGCAGAAGGAGCGUGUAGAGGAAAUGAGGAGUAUUCAAAAGAAGGAUGAGGAAAAUAUGAACAUGAAGGAGAUAAUACGAACCCAAGUUAGGAAGGAGCUCAGUAUUCUCGAAACUACAUGUUACAGUAUGGCUUUUCUAUUGCAUUCGUUGGGAAUAAAUGUCGGUGGUUGGCCAAAUCCACUGCCACAAGAGGUACAAACAGCGUACAAAAGGGCAUUACUGACGUUUCACCCCGAUAGAGCCUCGAAAUCCGAUAUUCGUCAGCAAGUUGAAGCGGAGGAGAAAUUUAAACUUAUUAAUCGUUUGAAAGAGAAAUUUUCAUCUUUAUAACACUCACCAAAACAUUUUUGUGCAGCUGUAAAAACAUACAUGAUUGUCAAUCCUGCUUCUCACAGGGUAGAUAAACAUCAAUGUUCGUGAAAGAAAUUCGAUUUUUUUAUUUA